UCGAUGAAUCUUCCAUUUUGACUCUGCACCCUUCUUUAUCACCCGGUCAUCCGGUCACCUCAUCGUCCUUAUAACUCUAUCGUCCCUUCUUCGUUUCUUACUCUGCUUCCAAAAUACCCUAGGCUUUACACUUCGAUGAGCUAUUGAGCUUUGUCAAAUCUACGACUUAUAGAAUGGCGGUGGAGCUGAUGGGCUUUCAUAGGAAGAUGGACGAUCAGAUGGCUAUACAAGAAGCUACAGCUCAAGGACUCAAGAGCAUGGAACAUCUGAUCCGUCUGAUGUCUCAUCAUCAAUCAUCAAAUCACAUGGACUGUACUGAUCUCACUGAUCUAACCGUUUCUAAGUUUAAAAAAGUUAUUUCUCUUCUUAACAGAACCGGACAUGCCCGAUUCCGACGUGGACCGGUUCAUUCAGUCUCUUCUUCUUCCUCUGGAGCAGCACCAGCAGCUUCUUCUCUCCGUGUUUCUCACGCUCAACAAAACUUAACCGUAACUCCUACUCCGAUUACGACUCCGGCGACCGCGGUUCCGGCUCCGGCGAGUUUCGGCCAGUCACAGCCGCAGAGUUUGACUCUUGACUUCACCAAACCUAGUUUUUUUAACUCUAAUGUCAAAUCCACCGAACUUGAGUUUUCGAAAGACAGCUUUUGCAUGUCUUCGAACUCCUCGUUUAUGUCUUCUGCUAUUACUGGAGACGGCAGUGUUUCGAACGGGAAGCAAGGAGGAUCGUCGAUCUUCUUGGCGCCGGCAGUACCAACCGUUUCCUCCGGAAAACCACCGCUCUCAUCACAGCCUUACAAGAAGAGAUGCCAUGAUCAUCAUGAUCUCUCCGAUGAUAUCUCCGGAAAGUUCUCCGGUUCCACCAAUGGCAACGGAAAGUGCCACUGCUCUAAGAGAAGAAAGAAUCGGAUGAAGAAAAUGAUUCGGGUGCCGGCGAUUAGUUCGAAAAUCGCCGAUAUUCCACCGGAUGAAUAUUCGUGGAGAAAGUAUGGUCAAAAGCCGAUCAAGGGUUCUCCUUACCCACGCGGUUACUACAAGUGCAGUACGGUGAGAGGUUGUCCAGCGAGGAAACACGUGGAGAGAGCCUCAGAUGAUCCAACGAUGCUAAUUGUAACGUAUGAGGGGGAGCACCGUCAUGUGCAAACCGCGAUGCAGGAGAACAUUGUUCCAGCUGGUGUGGGGUUGGUCUUUGAGUCAACGUGAGAAAAAUGAACAAAAUCGAGAGAAAGAAGGAAAGCGGGUGGAAAACGGAAAAAAAAAAAAAAGACGUAGACUUGGAAUAUCGAAGUGGUUGAGGGGGUUGCAUAUGUAAAUUUCUUUUUGUGGUGGAGAAGGAGAGCCAACAACCAAAGUAACCAACCUUCAAAAUUGAAUCAAUUAAUUGUCAUUUGGUUACUUUAUUUAGAUUAAUACUUUAUUUAUUAUCUUAAUAGAUUAAGAUUUAAUUGUGAGAUUAGUAUAUGAUAUAAAUGUUAUUGCAUAUUUGUCUG